GGCCCGGAACUACUCCCACAGGGGGGCGGGGAAGGAAGAUGGCGGCGCCCGGCAGCCCGUGAGGAGAGAGGACACGGGGAUCCCGGGGAGCGGCCAGACUCGUGAAUUAUGGCCGCAUCUCCUCACACUCUCUCCUCACGCCUCCUGGCAGGUUGGGUAGGAGGCUGUGUCUGGUAUCUUGAAAGAAGAGCUAUACAGGAAUCUCCUCACAAGUUCUUACAUCUUUUCAGGAAUGUCAAUAAGCAGUGGAUUACAUUUCAGCACUUUAGCUUCCUCAAACGCAUGUAUGUCACACAGCUGAACAGAAGCCACAACCAGCAGGUAAAACCCAAGCCAGAACCAGUAGCAUCUCCUUUCCUUGAAAAAACAUCUUCAGGUCAAGCCAAAGCAGAAAUGUAUGAGAUGAGACCUCUUUCACCACCCAGCCUAUCUUUGUCCAGAAAGCCAAAUGAAAAGGAAUUGAUAGAACUAGAGCCAGCCUCAGUAAUUGAAGACUCAAUAGAUGUACGGAAAGAGACAAAAGAGGAAAAGCGGUGGAAAGAGAUGAAGCUGCAAGUGUAUGAUUUGCCAGGAAUUUUGGCUCGACUAUCCAAAAUCAAACUCACAGGUCUAGUUGUAAGUACCACUGCAGCUGGAUUUGCAUUGGCUCCAGGCCCUUUUGACUGGCCCUGUUUCCUGCUUACUUCUGUUGGGACAGGCCUCGCAUCCUGUGCUGCCAACUCCAUCAAUCAGUUUUUUGAGGUGCCAUUUGACUCAAACAUGAAUAGGACAAAGAACAGACCGCUGGUUCGUGGACAGAUCAGCCCAUUGCUAGCUGUGUCCUUUGCCACUUGUUGUGCUGUUCCGGGAGUUGCCAUUCUGACCUGGGGGGUGAAUCCACUCACAGGAGCCCUGGGGCUCUUCAAUAUUUUUCUGUAUACCUGCUGCUACACACCACUGAAGAGGAUCAGCAUUGUCAACACAUGGGUCGGAGCCGUGGUUGGGGCCAUCCCGCCUGUCAUGGGCUGGACAGCGGCCACGGGCAGCCUCGAUGCUGGGAAUGACUGGGAGAAAACAAAAGAAAGAGUGCUGCCUGCCUGUGACUACAGGUGGAUAAAGAAAGUACUUGAAGCCACGAUGAAAGUCACAAACCAAGCUAGGACUAACCAAUUCAUGGGGCGGGGAGAAGGUAUCUGGAUCCGACCUCCAGUCGCCCAUCAAAGGGGUGUCAUCUCACGAGCCAGCCUCUUGUGUUCUCCUCUUAUGAAAGGGCAGAUUAUUUUCAUUAGUUUCUCAUUUAUGUUUAUAUGAUUUGCUUAAAUUGUUCAUACUGUCUACAAUAAAACCAUUGAAAGAUUUCUACAUUUUUUUUGGUGGUAUGUCACAACUAAAUUUGUGGGGUGAAAAUAGCUCAUUUUUACCAUCUGUAAGGGAAGUUUCACAGUCUAAUUAGUCAAGUAAUUAGUGUUUUUGACCGACACUUAGGAAGGAAGUGGUAAGGUUUCCUGCAAUAUAUGUAAGUACAUAUUUUUCACAUGAGAGAUCAAAAGGCAGUUGACCAUAAACUGUUACCCUGUAAGCCACAUUUCUGAAACUUUUCAUAAAAGCUCUUACACUCCAAUUUGGCAGGCUUACAAAUGCGAUUACACCUUUACCAUGAUUGUCUCUUAGAAUGGUUUUAAUAUCCUGUAAAGGUCGGAUUUUAAUGAAUCUACAAAUAUCAUAUUCUAAAGCAUAUGUGCUUGUGUGUUCUCUGAUAAACCUAAAACCAGAGCCCCACCCACGUGGGAGGCAGUGUCAGCAAAGCGGUGGUGAGCAAGGACGCCAGCAGCGCUGCCUGGAUUGGGAGCCCGACCCCACCACUCGUGAGCUGUGCAUCCUUCGCAGCUGAACUCAGCCUCUUUCUGCCACUGUCUCCUCAUCUCCCACGUGGGGCUAAUAGUCUUCUCCCCUCCUGGAGUCAUUGUGAGGAUGAAACAAGUUGUUAUUUGUAAAGUGCUGGACCAUGGCGAGGGCUCAAUUUGGGACCCGUAUGCUGUUGUUAUCAAUCAGGAGUCCUCCUUCAUACAGUGGAGGGACUGGCACAGAUCAGGAACUGGAAGAUUUUGUUUGGUUUGUAAACUGAGCAAUGCAGCCUUGUCCUCUGGCUGUUAUUUUGAAGACUGAGGCGCCUGCAGGCCUGAUGGGAAAGAGUGCUGGGGUCUUUUUGUGAGGUUUGGAUUGGGAAAGAGAAGCGAGGGUUUAAAGCCGGGGCUUGGCAUCCCUAGGGUAGAUGACAUCUGCGUGUUCACCCUGGUUUAUAGUUGACCUUCACAGAGCACACCUGCACACCACCAGCCCUCCCGCUCCCAGUCAUGUUCCUCUUCCUUAGUUCCACCUGGAGCUCAUCUGACUUGACCCCAACUCCCUCUCCCGCUUAACGCAAGUAUCCUCUUCCCUCUUAAUUCCCUCAAACCUUUAUAGUGAUUGUGCAGACAUUUGAGGUGGAGACCAUGAAAGACAGUGCAGAACUGCCUAAGCUGUGCAUAGGGAGUAUCCCCGUCCUCAAGGGUGCAGCCCCACUUCAGCACUUGGGUUCCUGCACCGAGUCACCUGCCUAUUUGAUGGAGACACCCCAUUUCUGGCAGGAGUGCCUGAACCCUAUUCAACUUCCUCAAACCUGGCACAAAGCAACAAGAACCUUCUGUAUCUGGGAAGACCCAGACAGGGCCAGAGUCAGAGCCAAGGAUUACAGCCUUAGGGACGGGUAGCACAGGAGACUGGUAUGGGCAGUUCAGUCCCCAGCCAUGGAGAACUUGGUCACCACUGUUGUGCAGUGUUGUCCUAGGGCCCAGGUUCUUGCUGAGGGCUAGAGGCCCUUGUCACACUUCCAGGCAGUUUCUUUCCUGAAGAGACAGCCUCAGCAUGUGCAGGCUGGAGUUGCCUCCCCAGAGGCUAGAGAAAAAGAACUUUUCAAAAGUCCUCACUUAGGAGUGCACAUUCAGGCAAGAGCCCUCAUUUGUUUAGGGAUAGUCUGGAUUUGGCUAAACUGCUAAUAGUCAUAUUUAAAAUAAAUGUUUUUAAUGUUGAUUAUAGUCUUUCUAUAAUACAGAUUGAAUCAUUUGUAUACAAACUCAUUAAUGAUGGACAGCUAAAGGCAGCUCAUCCCUUGUUUAGGUAGCAGAAUGAAAGUACAUAUUUGUCUUGGAAAACGAGACCCCUUAUCUACCUCAGUAGAACCUGGUAUAAAACAGAGCAGCCUGAAAGACGUGUAUAACUACAAAGAGAAGUUCCCUGGGCAGUUUUUGAGGUUGGCGUCUAUUACAGUAUAUCCUUUUACUUUAAAUCUUAAAGAUACAUUGUGGGGCACACAGUAACAGCAUGACUUACUGCCCCCAGAAUCCUAAUUAAUUGCAGAUCAAACCAUAGGCGUAAAGCCUUGUCAAGAUUAUACAGAAAGAAUACUGCUACUUUACAUAAUGCUUUAAACUACUUCAAAAAAGUUUCCAAACAUUAAUUUGAUAGAACCAACUUGAGAUAAGCAGCAAAUACGUAAUUGAAUGAACAAAUCAGUGAAUAUAGGUACCUUCCAUUUUGCAGGUGACAGAAUCUAAGAGAAUGUAUUUUUUAAAAGAUUUUUAUUGCUGGGAUUUUAGGAACUGGGUUGAAUAUGGUUUUAUAUUGCUUAGUCAUCUUCUAGAGCUGUACUGUCUUGUAUGAUAGCCACUAGGCUCAAGUGGCUAUUUAAAUUUAAAUUUAUACUAAACUUUAAAAUUCACUUACCCAGUCCCAUUAGCCAUAGUUCAAAUGCCCAAAGGCACAUGUACCUAGUAGCUACACUAUCCACAGCACAGAUGUAAAACAUUUCCAUUAUUGCAGAAUGUUCACUUAGACCAUACUGCCUAGGUGGAAAGAUUGAUGUCCUUAUGAAUCUAUAUUUCAUCAUCCUCACAUGAAUAUGUACUUCAAAUAAUGAGACUGUACCUGUGGUCUCACUAAAGUCUAAAACAGUGGUUCGCAAACUUCAGUGCACACGAUAAUUACCUGGAGAGCUUGCUAACGCAGAAAUUCCCGGACCCUGCCCCUGGAACUUCUGAAUUCAGUGGGCUGGUAUGGGGUCUGAGAAUUUUUAUUUCUAACAAAUUUCUGGUUGCUGCCGAUGCCCCUGGUCCAGGGACCACACGUUAAGAACCACCAGUUUGCAAAGAUAGAACCAGAAAGAGCUCUAGCCAUUAGAAUAUCUUGAAAAUACCUAGAGAUUAGGGCAUGGGCAGAUGGUAUUAUUUGAGAUGUACUAAUGGUAUCAUUUAUAUUAUUCACAGAGGGGAUAUCUCUCAUCUGGGUUCUUGUCUUAGGGGACGUGUGUAGUUAUAAAGAGCCCUUCUGAGAAAAAAAAUGGUCAAAAAGGCUUCCCUUCUUCUGUGGUAUUGCCAAGCACUUAAUCUUUGAGCCCCUAAAGAUGGAUCACUUUGGAUAGCCACCUUUAUAAACUGGUCCCCGUAAUCGCUUCAUCAUGCAAGUGUCAACUGGGGGCCUACUGUUUGCCAGGCAUUGAGAGACACAAACAUCACUAAAAUCCAGUGAGUGUCCUCAGGAAAUCAAUACUCAGGGUCUUUGGGGAGAGGCAGGCAGGUAAUCAAAUGACUGAGUGAUCUAAGAGCUUUAGCAGGGUAUCUUCAGAGGACUGUGGGCUCUCUUAACUUAUCCCAAACUGGUCCCAGAUGACUUUGGUGAAGAAAGACUACAGAAUUAAGUCAUGACCAGUUUACUUGAGGAGGAAGUAUGCUUUCCAGGAAGAGGGAAGAGCCUGUACAAAGGCUUACAGGCCUGAAAGCCAGUGCACAGUGGGGUGGGGACACGCGCAAGGAUGAGCCACCUAUAGAGGAAGUCAUACUUCAUUCAGUGGUGAGAAAGACCCACUGGAGCUUGAGGCAGGGCCAUACUUUUAGGAUCAUUUAACAGUGUGCUGCAGGUUCUCCGAGGUAUUGGAAAGUCAGUAAAUUGCAGAAGCCUGCCUUUAUUGUCCUUCCAAGCCUGUGUGCCUCCUCUCACCUCCUACUUCCUCUCCUCCACUUCCUUCUCUCUGUACUAGAGCUCCACCUACCCUAGACCUGCCCCCCCACACACACACUCUCUUUGCCCUACCUAGUUAAUUUAACAUUUUGCCUCUUGAGUAGUGAAGCGUCAAUCUGAUCAUCCUUUGAAGAAACAGCUUGUUACCACCAGUGACCCUCCAAGCGGGUAAAUGGAUGAAGGAUACAUGUUUGAAGGGAGGGAGGCAGGUUGCGCUGAACAUACUCCCUUAUGAGCCAGGACAUCAAACACCCAGCACCAAGCUUUAGUCACCCAGUCACCUUGACUGUGGAUACUUUUGCAAAAGCCCUUCCUGGGGCUCAGUAGAUGGUAGUCAAGAUGGAGAGGAAGCAGCUGGGCCAAGAUUUGAAAUGGAAAUCCUGCAGCCUCAUGUAUUGAAGGCCCAACUAACCAUCUAGUUUGGAGGAGAGAUAUUUAAAGAUUGGUAGAUUCAGAAAACACUGUGCAUUCGAGGCAGCCCGUGGGUCACAGUACUCCCCCAAGCAAGGAAAUGCAGCAUGUCGGGAAGUACCUUUUCCCCUUUGUGGUGUCUGGAUCAUUUUGUGGUUUUUGUGGUGGCUACGAGGUCACAUUAAGAAUUCCAAGGGGCCUUGAGCACCGAAGAGAUUGUGAUGCCAUCUCUCUUCCUGCAAAGACAUAAAAUAUAAAAUAACUCUAAGGAUGUUCCGUGGGAUUCUGAUUUAUUUUUUUCCCCCACAACUACUUUGAGUUUUUAAAAAAUCAGACAGUGUAAAAGAACUUCUAAUUGUUCUAGAUGCCCGGUGAGAGGUGUGGGUCCCCUGCAGGUGUUUGACCUGCCUGCUUCGGGAAUCCAGCAUGGGGUGAGUGAGGUAAGAUGGCGGGGUGAAGAAAAUGACACAGAUGAGCAGACAGCCAUUGUAAAAGCUAAGCAAACGUGAAUUGUUCUUAAUGUUUGCUAUUUUAUAACUGCACAAUGAACUGUAAGCAGCUCAGCUUUUCUCCCCAUCACAGUGCCAACAGCUUUCAGUCCAGUGCUUGCUACAGAGAGUGCUGUGCUGCAAAGCACGGGUCCAGCCCAGAGAACGCUCCUUGUGGUCAUUCUGUCAGGGAAAUCAGGUCUCUGCAGUCCCGCUGCUUCUGUGCACAGGAAAUAACUUCAUUUUACAAAGCCCUUCUGUCUAUAAAGGUAAUCAUUACAAUGGGAUUUUACUUGUGUCCAUUUUCCUCUGAGCCUCAGAGUUAGGCCUUUUCCUCUCACCUGCCUUAUUACCUUGUCUUAAUUCUUUUUCAGUAUUCUGCUAACAGCAGAAAACAUUAAAAAUGCUUCCUAGCUAAAAUUCAGGAAAGGCAGAAUGAGAGGGUUGCUUUCUGACCCCUGGUCUAGCCAGCUUGUUGUCACAGGAACUGCAGUACUUGGUUUGAUUCUGCACACAGGGAAUGGCAAUGACAGAAGUGACCUGCUGGAGCCCCGGUGAACGAGUCCACUCUGAGGAGGUAGCAGAGGGAGGGGACUGCAGAUAAGUGCCCUGGAGCCAUACGCAUUAGGCCUCUCAGCAGUGUUUAUCUCCAGAGACUAUUAGUGUAUCUCAGAGGCUUUAAGUUAAAUCCCCUCCCCCUCCUUCUUGCCAAGGCCCCCUCUUUUCAUCACUCCCGUAUCUUAGAAAGGUUCAUAUUCUUUUGCCUCAUUUUCCUAAAUUUGAAUAAAUCCCAUGUUUUGGAAGUGUAUGGAUUGGGCCUCCGUAAUGACCAUCUUGUAGAGUGGAUUUGCAGUUGCCUGUGGCUUGUAAUUCAAAUGUGUGUUAAGCAUUAAUUAUGUCACCCAACAUUUAGUUACAAAUGAGGACUUAGAAAUGGGCUCUUAUCAGGAAGUGACAUUGGGCAGAUGGAUGGUUUUAGUAACAAAAAGAGAAUGAGAUUUUUACCCUCAGCUGGUAAACUACAAAAUGUUCAGCGCUGUUUCACUUUAUUUACCUCUCUUAUUCCUGGAUGAGAAAGUAGAGUCAGAGUGAAUUUAUUCACUCACUCAUUCAACAAAUAUUUAUGGAAGGCUUACUAAGUACCAGGUACUGUUUAACCCACGCACUUAACGAUUUCCUUUAUAAUACUGCCUCAGUUUGAAACCAAGCUUGUAAAUGAGUAUCUGUGUCUGUGUUCACUUUGUAUAAGAUUUUACCAUAACUAGCCUUAGCACUCCAGAUUAAGUUAUAGUAGCCUUGGAGUUCCAGAUUAAGCUAAAUGAUGUU